GGUCUCUUACAGGCUGCGCAAGACAUUGUCGAUGAUGUCAACAAUGCGAGCAGGUGGAGCACUUCACCAGAAAGGGGUAGGGGGCAAUGUAUGGGCACACGAGGCAAGCUGCUGCCACCUGCUGCUUGCAUGAGACGAGGCGCGGAUUGAACAGGAUGCGGCGAAGAGGAUGCUCCAUGCGUACAUGGCGGAGAAAAGCACACCAGACGACACGGAGGUGGAGCCAUGUGAGGUGGUAGAGAGAGCAGUGGUGGACGAGACGGAGGCCCAUCUUCGGUCACCUACGGUGCCAAGGAGGGAAGGUUUCGAUGGCGGUGUGGAAUGCUGCAAGCAUACUUCUGAGGGACAGACGACACGGAGGUGGAGCCAUGUGAGGUGGGUAGAAAGAGCAGUGGUGGACGAGACAGAGGCCCAUCUUCGGUCACCUACGGUGCCAAGGAGGGAAGGUUCCAAUAGCGGUGUGGAAUGCUGCAAGCAUACUUCUGAGGGACAAGCUGGGGAGGAAGACAGAGAGCGACCCAGCGAGGACCACCGAGGGUUGCAGUUGGCCAUUCUUGCCAGGCCACCACCGCUGCAAAGGUCGGCAACGACAACGCCAGCCCUCUAUCCACAACACAAUGGUCGCCGGUUGAAAACACUCCAGAGAAGAGGUCAGAAGCAUACCGGGGAAGAGCUUUUGUACCAGGACUGGGUGCCAUUUGACUUCGUACAAACACAAUAAGAGGAAGGGCCUCAACGACUUGUACAUUAUCGAGCUGUCGCCGGAGAGAUGGCCAAAGGGCAAAUGACAUCAUUUAAGAUCGUUUCCCUAUUGAUUCGAACACUGUUCAGAAAGAGGUAAAGCAGUUCAUGUGGCCCAUCACUGAUAUUUCGCCCUCCGUCCCCUGCUGCUGUUUAGAAAGCAGAUAAGUGGGAUAUCUAGAGGAGUUGGACACUCGGCAGCAACGGCUACACAGUGUACACACAAAAGAAGUUCAAGCCUGUCAUAAGCUUCACUGCUGGGGGGGCAAAGGAGGGGAGGUCCUUGUGGACGUGGUCGAUAUGUUUGACAGAAAGGAACAUGGCACAACCCUCACAAAACUCGAGGAAGGAGGUGAUCAGAGAGAAUGGAGGGCAGAUGGUAAAUGUCAUUUGCAAUGACAAUGUUGGAAUGAACAGGAGGGCUUUAAUGAUUUUACAGCGCCGGCUAGAUACUGCAAAGAUUUUAUGGUGCCCAUGCGCAACAUACACUCUGAACAUUUCAACCUUGGCUUGCUGGUGCCGAUCAAGAGGCAAGCGAAGACAGUCGUGAGGUUCAUAAAAAGUAGCACGCACUCCAGAUCAUUAAUUCAUGAAGAAGACCCUCGUUCUGCCCAUAGAGGUGGUUGGACUUGUUGACAGCAGGUGGGUGCUCAAGGACAUGAUGAAAGGAGGAGAAGAAGGCAAAGAACAUCUUCCACUGGUUCAGCUUAGCUGAACGGUGCGGUGAGGUUGAGACCGAGGUGAAAGUUAGGUGGCCUACAAAUCAGAUGUUGCGAAGGAUAGACAUGGAUACGAUAAUAUACCUUUGCAGCUGGACGGUUUGGCGGCAUGCUUCGCACCUGUCUGAACAACAUCGACAGCCUCAUAGAGGAGCAGCCAGAGGAGAAUUUCAGUCUUGUGGACGACCAUUGCAAAACGAUCCUGCAGCCUUCCUCUCCUCUCCCAAUUGGAGAGACCUUGAGUGGUUGCUUGACAUGGAUUUCACCCUGGUGCACAACCUGACCAAGUUUCUCAUAUCCCAGUCGAGGGGGAGCAUCGAGGGGCACUACAGUCCCACUUGGACGUAUGGCAAAUACCAUGGGUGCUCCACUGAGCGCCGCCGAAGGAAAGACCAGCGGAGGAAGGAACCAAUGUGGGACAAGUCUGAUGGGGGAGAUAGUUCCCUGAUAGUGGUAGGCAGCGUAUGGGUGCAACCACCUAGACAUUCAGAGGAUUGCCACGAGAUUGACUACGCUGUGCAGCACCGCAACACCCACUGAGAGACACUGGUCCACCAUUAAUUUGGUUCGCCAAGAAGAGGAACAAUCUCUCCACCUCCAAGGUGGUGGCGAAGUUAGCGUACAUACUUUGGGAUCCACAGCUCAAUAUAGAGCAUCAAGGUCUGAAGUGCAACCUCCUGAAUGUGUGGGGCGUAUUCUUGGACGAUCCAAAGCCCCCCCGGGCAUAGAAGAACCUAGCACCUUUGCCGAGGCCCUUGGAGGAGGAGGAGAUGGUGGCAAGAGAGACAAACUAAAUAAAGCCCUGGUAUGGAG